AAUCUUAAGUUGUUGUUACUUAGAGGCUAUUAUUCUGUUAUGUUAGUGCGCUGUAUGUUGGCCCCAAACUAAAAUGAGUUCGACAGCCCCCGUAUAAAUUCUGUCAAUAAAUGUUUUAUUGUGAAAUGACAAAGCGGAAGUUCUUUUCGUUGGGUGGGUCGACGCACGUGCAGCAGGAUGUUUUGCUAGAUUCGCCAGCAGCGAGCAGCGCUUUGUCGUUGUUCUGGUCUGCCACGUUUAGGCGCCUAUUUCACGGGACUUUGACGUCCGUCGAGUUUGUUUUCUUUCCACAUUCCACUAGGACUUGUAUUCGUAGAUGUUUUGCGGUUUUUUAUUCUUCUUAAGGUCAAGCUUAAAUAUCGAUUCGUCGCUUGAUUGACUGGGAAACCAUGGCUGUUGCUGGACGGGGCGGUCGGUUGAUUGGGUUUUCUCUCGUACAGAUGCCUCGCAACCGGAUAGUCGCACCGGUUUUAUUGUGACUUUUCCAACCCCGAGGGUGCCAAGAGCCAUAACGCUGCCAAAUUAAAGCUUGAUUCUGCUGCCAAUCUCUGUACCUGUGUCAACCAUGGAGACCACUCAGGUGACCUUAACUGUCAGGGGACAAACAUCUCCAGGGGAGGUGAUUGCAGUUGUCGGCAGCUGCGAAGCCCUGGGAAGCUGGAGUCAUCAAAAAGCUGUGACCUUAAAUCCUCUUGGUGACGAUGCAUCCACGUGGACCACCACCGUCACUGUACCUCAAGGUGUUGUUUCCACGUAUCGCUAUUUCAAAGGCUUCUUUCUGGAGUCGAAGGGUGCAGGUGGCCCCUGUCAGGUGAUAGUCAAUAUGUGGGAGACCCAUCAUCAGCCCCGCACGAUGAGCCCCACAGCAGCACACCAGACUAUUAAUGAUGGACAAUUUGGAAUUCACAAUGGGGUGAACUGUGUUGACUCCGGGUGGCUGACCUGCCAGACAGAAAUCCGCCUGCGCCUGCACUAUUCUAAGACGUGUCCGGUGUCCAUCACCAAGAAGAAAUUCAAGAAGUCCCGUUUCAGGAUCAAGCUGGCAAUAGAGGGCGUAGAGGAAGAGGAGGAUGAUGAUGAUGAGGAACUCAGUCCGCCCACUUGGCCCAAGAUGACCACCACUCUGGAAACCAGUAUGAUCAGCGCCAAUGGCUACAAGUCACGCCACUCGCAGCCCGAGUGUGGGUACGCUCUGGGUCCCUUCCAGUGGACCGAGUACAGCAUCCACACCAUGGAGCCAGACAACCUGGAGCUCACUUUUGAGUUUUUUGAGGAGGAUCUGAGUGAGCACGUAGUCCAGGGGGACGUCCAUCCAGGACAUGUGGGCACAGCCUGCCUGCUCUCUUCCUCGUUUUUGGAAAGUGGCAAAGACAUUGGAGUAGCCACACUUCCAAUAAUGGGACGGAACUUCAGGCAGACCAUCGGGAAAGUAAGAGUGGAUUACUUGGUAAUCCGACCCAUCCAGGGGUUCCAGUGUGACAUGAGCUCGUCGUACACCAAGUACUGGAAGAAAAGAAGCACGCUGCACGUGGGCCACAGAGGAGCAGGCAGCACACACGCAGCCAAGCACCACAGAAUCAGAGAAAACACAAUUGCCUCAUUCAAAAGUGCUGCUAGUCAUGGUGCAGCCUACGUAGAGUUUGAUGUUCACCUCUCCAAAGAUGCUGUUCCUAUCGUAUAUCAUGAUCUGACUUGCUGCAUAUCCACUAAGAAGAAAAAUGACAAUGCUCUGGAGCUGAUUGAGGUGCCAGUGAAAGACCUGACAUUUGAUCAGCUGCAGCUUUUAAAGCUGGCCCACGUUACUGCCAUGAAGGGAAGUGAUCACAAAGAUCUGCUGGAAGAUGAAGAAGAAGUUGAUGAGCAUCAGCCGUUCCCGUCGCUCUCACAGAUUUUCCAAGCUGUUCCUGAACACGUCGGCUUCAACAUCGAGCUCAAGUGGAUUUGCCAGAUGAAGGACGGGUCAUGGGAUGGCAACUUAUCCUCCUACUUCAACAUGAACACCUUCCUCGACAUCGUCCUGUCCUGUGUUCUGCAAAAAGGCGGAAAAAGACGCAUCGUCUUCUCCUGUUUCGACCCAGAUAUUUGCACCAUGGUGCGUCACAAGCAGAACAAGUACCCCAUCCUUUUUCUGACUCAGGGAAUCUCAGACAAGUAUCCUGAGCUGAUGGACAUCCGAUGCCAGACCACUCAGAUUGCCAUCAGCUUCGCUGAGAGUGAAAAUAUCUUGGGAAUCAGUGCCCACACUGAGGAGCUGUUAAAGAACCUGAGCUUCAUCGGAGACGCCCAGUCCAAAGGCCUGGUGGUGUUCAGCUGGGGAGAUGACAACAACGAUCACGAAAUCAGAAGGAAGCUGAGAGAGCAGGGCAUUGAUGGGCUCAUCUAUGAUAGCAUCUGUGAGGACCAAGGAGAGCAGGCAAACAUUUUCCAGGUAGAGGAGCAGCACUCCCUGCAGGAGGUCAUCACAGAGGAGACCCUGAAGAGCUCCGCUUGUUCCUGCUACUCCAUCCCCUGCUCCAUGGCGCCCUGCAUCGCCCCCAAAGCCCAGGUUGAGAGCGCGGAGUCCGAUUCCGGUGUCAGCUCCUCGUAAAUUUACCUUAACAUAUAUCUUUAAAUCCAUCUCGUUGCACGCGUGCACUCGAGAGACUCAAGAUGGGAACAGAUGAUUAAACCACAGAGUGUUCUUUUCUCAAGAAAGGCUGAUUUUGGCAACGUUUCUCGUUUCGUCCUCCGCUCAUUCAUAGUUGCACACAAGUAAAACCACUUCCAUGUUCUCCACUCCACUCACUACGCUACAGAGGUCGUCUGCUGUAUUCAUUUAAGUUUCAUAACUUGGAACUUUGCAUUGAAAGAGGUGGUGGAUGUUUAGUCAGAACACAAAGGCAGCCAUACACAUUUAUUAUUAUUAUUAUUAGAUUGUUUUCACAUUUGACAGACAAAGACCUGUUCAUCUACGUCUGAAUAAUAGCAGUAUUUAUGAAGCCAAUGUGUUCCAUCUCUUCACAGUCUUAAGUGCUAAAGAGUAAGUUAACUGGGGAACAGGUGCAGAAACUAUGUCAAUAGGUUUAUGAUGAUUUGAGAUUAUGCUGUCAUUCUUUUUUUUAUUAUUAUUAUUCGGCUGUUAUGUUUUUAUCUGUGCAUGACGCCAUCAGGUGAAGUGUUAUUUUUAUUGUCUCGAUUCGCGGGGUGAGUAAUUAUUUGGCUGUGUUUCCAGCAAACUGCUCCAGUCUGUUGCUGGGUAGGUCUUGCCGAAAAACAAAUAAUACAAAGAUAUGCAGUUGAAUGACGGAGCCGCUCGCUAUUAAUGAAAACUCGCUUCUUGGUGGCACUUAAAAGAAAUCAGAUGAAUGUCCUCAUGAAUGACGUGUUUCUCCUUGUCAUGCCUUUAAAUUCCUACUUAUCAGCUUGCUGAGUUACUUGCUGUUGAUGUGAAUUACACACUACAUACUCGAUGUACUGGAUGUCUAUUUGCUUGAGUCGAGGAAAAGCAGAAGAAUGUUUUCUAUGCGACAGUUCAAACGCAUACCAGAGCCUUAUGGGAGAGAAAUGUGUGUAUCUCUGGUCUUUUGUUUCACAGCGUCAUUAGUACCCCACUCAUCGUCUGCUAGAAUAAACCAUAGAUGAAAUUGUACAGAAUUACGAAAUACUUCCAAUACUUCCUGUCUGUAAUUCCAACGCUUCACAACAACACCCUCUUUCUGCCACAAAGAUAAGAAGUCAAUCUGUAUAUUAUGCUCUUUGUACAUAGUGUAAGUCCCAGCACACAGUCCGCUACAAACUCACGAUGCAUGCAUUGUCUGUAUAUCUGUAAGAAUGAAAACCAGGAAAAAUGUAUAGACUUGAUGUGUGACUGCCACUUGUAAUGUAAAUUAAAUCUAAACCUGUAUUUGC